AUGAAGAGAUCAAGGUCAGACUCAGUUCAUUUUAUGGCUCUAGUACGGUCCAACGCAUCUAAAAACCUAAACCUAUAUUUGGCAAAACUCAGGUUGACAUACUGGACGAUGACCAUUCGGAAGGGAGAUCCAAAAGACCAAACACUGGUAACAUUCUGGACAAUAACUAUUCACAAGGCAGAGCGAAAACAGCGCCAGAACUUAUCCACCGAGGUCGAAGAAAGGGUAUUUGUGGAGGUCGCCAGUGAAUUGAGAAAAGUGUUAGCUACCUUGAGCCAUAGCGGAACCAAGGAGCCUCAUGCGGAAAACAGGUCAGAGUGUGUAAGAGUUCUAAGUAGUUUCGGAGAAUUUGGGACGGCAGACGAAUAA